GAAUCUUCAUCUAGUGCUUCUUCACAGUUCAACAUCAAUAAUCACACAAGAAACAGUAUGAGCAGUGACAACGCAGCAGAACCCAGCGAUAGUGUCAAUAAAGCUAGGGAAAUCAACCCAGGAGUAUAUAUUGAUCAUCGGCUCCAUAACGAUUUAGCCCAUCUUCACUCUUCGCCAGCUAGAUCAAGACGUAGAACUGAUAACUUGAAUGGUGAUAAUGAUAACAGUGAUAAACCCACGACAUUAACCAGACGAUACACGGCCGAUUCUGUCCAUUCAUCAGGUGGUAGUGGCCGGGUCAUGUCACGAGAACCUAGCUUACCUCUAACGAACAGAAAUCUCCAGAGUUUAUUAACCCAAAGUGACCCUCUUGCGCAAGGACCAAGAAGCGCAAUUUCCCCAACGAAUGCGAAAUAUGCGCCUAUUGCUUUGGACAUGGACAAAUAUGCUCGUGAUCAGCGGUUGGUAGCUCGUGCACAGACCUGGAGUAAUCCAUUCAAUCGUAGUGGCCAUAACGAUGAUCACGACCGUUAUUCGCUCAACUCGUUGGAGUUUGGAGGUUCAAAUCCUUCAUCUGAUCAUUCGAGUGAUUCCACGUCCUUGGAUGAUGUUUGUUUUCCUGACUAUUACGGUCAUGAAGAUGCUGGAAACAAAGAAAGCACAUACCAGUGGCCCGACUUGAAGUUCUUGGAAGAGUUUGUUCUUGAAGAAUUUGAAGAAGCAGAAGAAGAAAGAAACGAGCUUUCGCAAGGCUCACCGAACGUUAACUUCAGAGAACCGGUAGCUCGGCAGCAUGUAGAACGGCAAACUUCUGUUCUGCCUAAAGAAAAUCAGCAAGAGAACAAAAUUGACGACAGCGCAACCGAAACAACGCCAUUAGUAGCUAGUCGUCAAAUUGAUGAGGUCGCCUCUUUGGAUAGUUUGCAAGAUUCUUUUCGUGUGAGACCAACGCCCAUACAGCCAUGGGACCAUUCCAAAGAACAAAUCCCUACUAUCUUGCAACAUCAACCUCUGCGUGCCCAUUUGAAGAACAGCAAAUAUGAUCUGAGAACGGGCAAGGUGGAUGGGAAAUUGUGUCGAUUCACAUACUUCAGAGAAGAUCUUGAGAAAACUAUCCAUGCCCCAACCAUAGGAGGAUUAAUUUCAGAAGAGCCAAUAAUUGGCGAGGAGAAUACCACUUCUUUGAACAAGAAGUGGAGGGGUGGUGUCGACAAUAUUGAAGACCUUUUGGAUAUUGCUGAAUCUAACGAAGAGGAAUUAGAGGAACUAUUCACAAGACUCCAGGAUUUAUUUCAACCUUCGCAUUAUUCUCAAGAUUACUCUAGCUUGAACUCAACAAAUGGUGGUCCUGUUACUUCUCCACCAUCGUCUAAUAACAUUCCAUCCAUUGCUGUUCCUUCUGAACCUGUUAAUUUGUCAACGAACAACUUGAACAGAACAGGUUCGAAAUCAGGUCUUGAUACUCCUGGGGCAGCCACCACUGUGCCUUCAGUAGCGGAGGAAGUUGAGCCUCGGUACAUCCCAUUCUGGUUAGAUGUACUUGAUCCAACAGAAGAAGAAAUGAAAGUUUUAUCCAAGACUUUUGGAAUCCAUCCUUUGACAACAGAAGAUAUCUUCUUGGGUGAAACUCGUGAGAAAGUUGAACUAUUCAAGUCCUACUACUUUAUCUGUUUUACAUCAUUUGAUGUCGUAUAUGAGAGAAGAAAGCAAAGAGCUAAGGAACACGAAAAGAAGAUGAAUAGACUACAAGAGUUAUAUGAACAAGGAUAUGAUGGAGAUGAUGCUAGCAGUAUUUUUGGUAGUCCCGAGCGCAGGUCGUGGAUUAGGAACGCUUUCAAUCGUAUUUCUCGUAAGAAGACUGGAAAGCGUUCUAGACCACCGUCCUUCAUUCAAGGAACAAAAGAGUCUGCUUCCAUGAAAUCGAAGGGCAAAAAGAUCAGAGAAGGUGAGUUGCUGCCAUUGAACAUGUACAUGAUCGUAUUCAAAAAUGCCGUAAUUACAUUCCAUUUUUCGGCAACACCUCAUCCAAUUAAUGUUAGAAGAAGAGCACGUUUGUUACGAGAGUACUUGACCGUCACUUCAGAUUGGAUCUGCUAUGCGUUAAUCGAUGAUAUCACCGAUUCGUUUGCACCUAUGAUUGACAGCAUAGAGGAGGAAGUGAACUCUAUUGAAGAUGCAAUAUUGAAAAUGCAUUCGGGUGAGGAUUCUGACGACGAUUCAGAAUCCGAUGAUUCCGGUGACGAAAACGAAGAAUCACAUCAUAGCCCACCAAAAAAGCCACGCAAUUCCAAUAAGGAUAAUGUAUUCAUCUGGAGAAAGAGAUCGAAGUCCACUGUCGACCAUGGUAUUGGAUCAAGAUUGAGAAAAAUUAAAUCUGAAAAUUCUUCCAAGACUAGUUCCAAGAGUUCAUCUACAUCAUCUAGAAUAUUAGGUUGGAAACGAAAAGGAGACAUGUUGCGUCGUAUUGGUGAAUGUAGAAAACGAGUUAUGUCUGUGCUUCGUUUGCUAGGAUCCAAGGCAGAUGUCAUCAAGGGAUUCAGCAAGCGAUUCAGCGAAGCGAUGGCUGAAAGUAACAAGACUUCGAGCAAAGGAGAAAUUGGUAUGUAUUUGGGAGAUAUCCAAGAUCACGUUGUAACUAUGGUUCAGUCUUUGAAUCACUAUGAGAAGUUGUUGGCCCGUUUCCACUCGAACUACUUGGCCCAAAUCAAUAUCGACAUGACGAAGGUCAACAACGAUACCAAUGAUGUGUUGGGUAAGAUCACAAUUUUGGGUACGAUCGUAUUGCCGAUAAACGUUGUAACUGGUCUAUGGGGUAUGAACUGUGUAGUUCCAGGACAAGAGUAUGACAGUUUGACAUGGUUCUACUCGAUCGUAGGAUUCAUGUGUCUCUUUAGUAUAGUAGCUUACAAUUACGCCCGGAAAGUUACCGGGUUGUAG